AUGCAAGAUCGCACGUUCCGGCUCAAACAGACUAUCUACAAAGCACCACAUCCACCUGUAGAUUUUGUACAGCUCAACGAGGCAGAAUUAUCUGAAGACUUUGUGGACACCUUUCUCCAGACUGCCGUCGGUGAUACAUUCGGCGUUGCCGCUGCGUAUGGCUCCAAGGGGAUCCUUACAUCCAUUGCAUUCGCCACUCCUUCCCGUGGCGUGUUUGUCCAAAUGCCGAAGCCUGGCUCGAACGCUAAGGCGAAGUCAAAGAAGGGAGGCCAAGGAAAGGUCCAAGGGCGUGAUAUCCUUCACAGAGGCUUUCUUUGCCGUCCAGGCUUUCGGAAGAUGGUGCUUGAUGCCCCUCGUCUUGUUGCAGCUUUGCAACUCGACUUUGGAUUGACCGCGACUCAAAUAAUCGAGCUAUGGUCCAUUCUCUCUAGCAAUCGCCAGACAAACAACGAUUUGUACAAGGUUCUCGGUGGAGAGAAUCUACUCCAUUCAGAACGGGCAUCGGACAUCUUCCUCGCCGAAUCAGCGGAUGCGUCUCAUUUGCGUAAUGUAUGUGAGCGGGCAUGGGCAUCUUGCCAAGUUAGUCAUAUCAAGCAUUUGCAAAAACAAUUAUUGGCCAUAUCCCCCAUUGAUACGCAUACAUUUAAUGCGAAGCACCUGGCUAUUUGUGUCAAAUCCAUUCGCGAUGCAGAUCGCCUCCGCGCACUGAAGCCUACGAAAGUAAAGAACGACGUUUCCGCCGAGUUUAGUCGUACCAAUGGCGUACUUAAUGUCAAUUUGACUCGUUUCAAGACCCGUCUCCGUAAAUCCAAGGUACUGGUUGAGAUUUCAAAUAAAGGAUCUGCGCCAAUAUCUGCCAGUGGACGUACCGUUCAUGCCGAAGGGAAAUCUGCGAGGAUUUCGGUGCAUCAGAACGUUUCGACCAACGCCAAAAUUUGCUCUGUUUAUACUAUUGGCAGGGAAGAUCCUACUUAUGCAGAGCUCGAGCGAACAGAGGCCAUACUCGCUGUGUUACAAUGCAGGAUCAAGCUGUUCGAAGUACCGGUAGUCCGGAAGAUGUUCAAUACCGAAACCUCCCGUAUGUCUUGCAAGAAGAAAGACUCCGCCAAAUCAAAUCUCGAUGUUCCUGACAUCUGCUUUCCCUCUCGUCCUCUAAAUGGGACACAGACCGUCGCAGUUCGUCGGAUACUGUCCACGGAGAGUAACGAUCAAAUUUGUCUUAUUCAUGGACCCCCUGGGACGGGUAAGACUACCGUUAUCGCGGCUUCUGUUACAAGUAUCAUAGCUGCUAGCAAGUCUGAUCACGGAGUCUGGUUGAUCGCCCAAUCCAAUGUCGCGGUGAAGAAUAUAGCGGAGAAACUUGGCAGUGUUGGUUUCUGGGAAUUCAAAGUCCUUGUCUCAAAAGAUUUUCACUUCGAAUGGCACGAACAUUUGUACGAAGAUAUUGAGAGAAAUGUCAUUCGCUCUGAUGAUUUCGCUCCGAACGCAGUUGGCAUGUCUCGUUUGUUACUCGAUUCACGAGUUAUUCUAUGCACAAUCAGCAUGCUGUCGCAUCCGCGGCUUGGAUCAACGGGGCUCACUCGGCUUGUCCCUGUCACUACGGUUAUCGUCGACGAAGCUAGUCAGAUCGAGUUGGGCGACUACCUACCGCUCUUGUACAAGUUUGGGCAGAAUCUGCGUAAGCUGGUUUUCAUAGGAGAUGACAAGCAGCUCGCGCCUUACGGCCAAGAUGACCUUCGCAAUCUUUGCAGCGUUUUUGAGCUCCCUCACCUUCGACAAGAAGCUGUAUUUCUAGAUACUCAAUAUCGUAUGCCAGUACCGAUUGGCAAAUUCAUCUCAGCUCAUGUGUACGGGGGUCGCUUGAACACGGAGCAUUCUGUCAACUCGCGCCUCUCGUGCCGUUUUGUCGACGUCAAGCAUGGCAAGGAGAGGAGAUCCGGAAAUAGCUGGGUUAACGAUGCAGAAGCCCAUGCCAUCGAGUUCAUCGCAACAAAGCUACAUAAACAGAGCAAGGCCUUUCGGAUCAUUACUCCUUAUGAUGCUCAACGCAAUUUACUGGAGAAUCGAUUGCGAGCUGUGGGUAUUCCUUGGGAGAACAAGUGUUUCAACGUAGACUCGUUCCAAGGUAACGAGGAAGAAUAUAUUAUCGUUUCGGUUGUUCGGUCUGAAAAGAUUGGUUUCCUCUCAAAUGUCCGCCGAACCAACGUCAUGCUCUCGCGCUGCAAGACAGGUAUGAUAAUAUGCAGCAGUCGUGCGUUCCUGCAAGGGAAAGCUUCAUCGACACUUAUGGGCAAGCUCGCCACCGAGUGGGGUGCCAAUAGCUGGGUGCCCUGGAGGGACCUAUUGUCAGGCAGGUUUUAA